AUGGAAAUUAACAACAGGUCCCACAAUAACCCCUCCAUCCUCCAUGUGGAGUUCGGAGGGCUGGGUGACUUUUUGGAGGAUAACGAAACUAACUCCACCGCAGGAGAGCGAAACUCUUUGGGCUGCGUGCAGAUCCGCAUUCCCCAGGAGCUCUUCCUGGCGUUGGGGCUCAUCAGCUUGGUGGAGAACAUCCUGGUUGUCCUGGCCAUCAUCAAGAACCGCAACCUGCACUCACCUAUGUACUACUUCAUCUGCUGCCUCGCCGUGUCCGACAUGCUGGUGAGUGUGAGCAACGUAGUGGAGACCAUAUUCAUGCUUCUCAACGACCACGGCCUGAUGGACGUGCACCCUGGCAUGCUGCGACACCUGGACAACGUCAUCGACGUAAUGAUCUGCAGCUCCGUGGUGUCAUCGCUCUCCUUUCUGUGUACCAUCGCCGCGGAUCGCUACAUCACCAUCUUUUACGCGCUGCGUUACCACAGCAUCAUGACCACGCAGCGCGCAGUCAUCAUCAUCGUGGUGGUGUGGCUGGCCAGCAUCACCUCCAGCAUCCUCUUCAUCGUGUACCACACCGACAACGCUGUCAUCGUGUGCCUCGUGACCUUUUUCUGCACCACCCUGGUGUUUAACGCGGUGUUGUACCUGCACAUGUUUGUCCUGGCGCACAUUCAUUCCCGUCGCAUUGUGGCUUUCAACAAAAGCAGACGCCAAUCUACGAGCAUGAAGGGAGCGAUUACUCUCACAAUCCUGCUCGGGGUCUUCAUUAUAUGUUGGGGACCCUUCUUUCUCCAUCUAAUCCUCAUCCUCACUUGCCCAACCAGCCCGUUCUGCAACUGCUUCUUCCGAAACUUUAACCUUUUCCUCAUCCUCAUCAUCUGCAACUCGCUCAUCGACCCUCUCAUCUACGCCUACCGGAGUCAGGAGCUGCGUAAAACCCUGCAGGAGCUGGUGCUGUGUUCCUGGUGCUUUGGUGUUUGACACCAUGCCCUUUUAGAAAACGAGAGCAUCAAUUACUAUGUCGGCUACCCCUUCUUCCUGAAUAUGAAUUGAGUCAGAAGAGGAAGUAUGCUGGGACUGCGUGCUUUGAACCGCUCAUGAAGGACUGCAGCUCUGAUAAAUACUUGUCUCUUCGUGGAUUUUAUGAUCAUUUCCACGCAUGGCUUUAGUCUUGCUGUACUGAUACAUUGGUUGACCCAGCACUGUGAAACACAUGAACAUUUAAUCCAAUAAUAUCUCUUGUGACCGGACUAAUUUAUUGUAGCUGACUAGCCUUUCAUUCUUGUUGUGUGUGUUGUGUUUUCCUCCAUAAUACAACACGGGGUUUCUUGUAUUGUCUCUUUGUGUUUGUCAUAUUAUGUGAUCCGUGUAGACUCCUGCUUUUGAGGGCUAUCGACACUUUUUUUAAGAAAUCAAGAAAAUAUAUAAACACAUGCACUGGCUGUUCAAUUUAAUGUGCUGGUGGUCUUUCAUUUAAUUAAAAUGUAAUGUGAGUUUGGUGUCCCUAACUUAUUUAAUAAUAUAUCUAGACACGCAUUCAUUUAAAUAAGUAUAUUUACUCUUUUAACAAAAAAAAAUAUAGAAACAAUUCCCAUAUCUGAUAUUUUUUUGAUUUCCAUUGAUUUCGGGGGUUUGGGAUUUCCCACCUUGCAUCCUUUUAACGCUGUCCAUCUACUACAAUUUUAGAAUAUUUGCCAUUUAAGCAUGCAUCCCCCAGAAGCAUUUAUUGAAAUGAGAAAACGUAUAACUGCUGUUGAAACAAUUGUUUAAUUUUGCAGUGGACGCAGGGAUUAUUAGUUUGAGAAAGGUGGAACAAGGGGAGAGGAGGCUAUAGAUGACAGAGAGAAUCGUUGAAGUUACCCUUCAAAUUACACAAGCCAUAUUGAAAGUCUUGUUGCAGUCUAAUUGGUGGCCAUGUGUGUGAAAUACUUCCCCAAAAAUAAAUGUCCGGAUGACUGAGGGGGAGGGGGAAAAUUAUGAGAAAAAUCACAUGAACUGCCAGGCUUGGAAACAGGCCUGGGGCAUCAGAGGGUUUGUGAAAGAAUAAAUAUCAAAGUUAUAUUUCUGAAUUGUGGUUGGUCAAACAAGUGGGACUUUGGGCCUGCAUGGCGGCCUGCAGAUGUUUUUGUGAAACAGCCAUAAGAGCCUAACAUUUGAAACAAAUAUGCUAUACAAUAUAACCUAUUGCUCUUGAAAUUACCAAGCAAUCUUUAAAGGUCAUAUUUUAUUUUUAAUUAGCAUAUGAUAUUACAUUCUUUAUUGAUCCUAAGGAUUAACUGAGCUUUUGGAAACACUGAAUGCUGUAAUGUAAAAUGGUAUCUUUUAAUACAAAGUGCUUUUGAAAAGUUUUUCCCAAAUUACAGAAACAGUGCAUAUUUCACGAUCUGGAGUGUUUGGUCGGACAGGACAACUUUACUGGAUGUAUGGAAAGCGCCUGCUAUUAUUUAAAUAAUCUAGAUUGCUGUAGUACGUGAAAUAUGCUUGUCAGAUUAUUUGCUGCUGUAUUAAAUUAUGUAAACAGUCCCCACUGUAUUUAAUACAUUAAUUUUCUGUAUGUUUUUAAGCCAACUGUUAAUGAUGUUUUAGUUUGAAUACCAUUACCCGGUGUGUGGUGUAUUUUUUUUGGCAUGGGAGUUCUUACGUAUACCGUACGUGGUUGUGUUUGCUAUAUACAUCUUAAAAGAUAACUUCUAUUAAAAGUAAGGAGGAUGUGCUACUAACUUAUCUAAAGUACACCUGAUUGAACAAAUUGUAAAUGUUGUAAAUCCUGGCAAAACAAACCCUGCUGAAUGAAUUUGAAAUUGUUUACAUGUUGUCUAUAAUAA